GCUCGCAAAAGCCAACUCAGCUGCAAGUUUGUGCUAUAUUAUUCAUAAAAACUACAAAAAUACGGUGAAAAUGAGUAGACACAAUGAAGACGACGUAAACUCUGCGCUAUUCGAUGCACGCAAUGAGUACUAUAUUGGCAAUUUCAUGGGCUCCAUCAAUUUUGUGCUGCCUGAGCAGGGCACAGCCGGAGCAGAGCUGCUCUCGUACAUGUACAUGUCAUAUCUGGCUAUCGAUUCGGGACGUAUAGUCGCCUCGGACAUAAAGGAGAGCAACACAACGCCUUUGCUGGCACUACGCUUGAUCAAUGAGGCCUUUGAGCAGCCCGCACGCACGGAGGAAAUACUCGAGAAGCUAACAGAUAAGGUGGCCAGUGAUGAUGACGAGACAAACCUUUGGCACAUUGCCACCGCUAUUGUCUACUGUUACGAUGGACAGUUUGAAAAUGCACUUAAGAUCUUGCAUGGCUCCACCAAUCUGGAAUCGAUGGCUUUGUCCGUGCAGUGUUUGCUGCGUCUGCAACGCGUGGAUCUUGCCAAGCAAUUGGUGGCAAAAAUGCAAGAGAUUAGUGACGAUGCUACUUUGACACAAUUGUCACAAGCCUGGGUUGCGCUGGCACAAGGAACGGAGCAGAUGCAGGACGCAUUCCACAUUUACCAAGAGUUCUGCGAAAAGUUUAAGCCAACACCUGCGCUGCUCAAUGGACAGGCGGUUGUACACUUAGGUUUGGAGCGCUAUGAGGAAGCAGAGGCUGUCCUACGUGAGUCGCUGACCAAGAAGCAUAAUGAUUAUGAUACACUCAUCAAUAUGAUGGUGCUUUCGCAUCUGACGGGCAAGUCAACAGAGACUAUUACGCGCUACUGGGAGCAACUAAGGCAAUUCUAUCCAAAGAGUGAUUUUGUCAGCGAACUGGAUAAGAAGUCGGCUGAGUUUGAUAGGCUAUGUCUGGAGUAUGAGCCCAAGGGCGAUCAGUUGCUGGCGAUAUAAAUUAACAAUUUGUAAUUCCAUUAAAUCAUUUAUUACAAUUAUAUAUAUAUGCAUAAAA